UUGCCCUUUUGACAGAUAUUCAAAAGGAACUAAAUGCUACCAGCCAGAAACAGCAGGAAACUUGAAUGAGGAAUGAACAUGUACGUGUACAUGAUGAAGAUAUGGAGAAAUAAAUCAUCACGUCUGUUUGACAUGCAGACAUUCGGUUUGAAGUUCAUUAUUGUUAUUCUCUGGUUUAUUACAGGUGAUGAGUGUAGGGCAAUAACUGUUCAGACUGGUGGAUCUGUUAUUAUUCCAUGUCAUUAUGAAAGUAAAUACACACAACACAAGAAAUACUGCUGCUAUCAUUCAAUAGGAUAUUACCAUUACUGCUCUAUUCUGGCAUAUGCAAAUGAAACUAAAGGAGACGUGUCGGUAAUAGAUCAUCCUGAUCAGAGUUUAUUUACUGUCACUAUGAGAAACCUGAAGUGGAAAAACACUGGAACUUUCUGGUGUGCUGUGGAAAUUGAAGGAAUUGUAUACAUGGAUGUGAAAGAGCAGCUUUAUCUCAAAAUCCAAUCAGCACCUGAUCUCUCUGUGAAGUCCAGCAGUGUAACUGUAGAUGAAGGUGGUAAUAUCAGUGUACAGUGUCUCUACAGCGUUAAAUAUAAGAAUAAACACAAACAGUGGUGCAGAUAUAAGGACAAGAGAUGUUACACAGUGGGAAGAUCUGACACAUCCCAGAAUGCAUCAGUUGAGAUCAGUGAUGAUGGGAGAGGAUCUUUGACUGUGGUGAUGUCUGGACUGAUGAAAAGUGAAUCUGGCUGGUAUUACUGUUCUGUAGGAGAUCUACAGGCUCCUGUUCAACUCACAGUCAAUGUUGCUAAAGUCUCUGUUGGAAAUCUACAGACUCCUGUUGAAUUGAAUGAUGCAGAACCUUCAACAGCAGCCGUGAGCACAGACGUGAGCACUAAACAACUAUGGGUUCAAAAACAAUUCUGUCUUUCAAAGGAUAAGAAUUGAUCUAAUGAAAGGUUGUGUUUCAAAAAAUAAUAAAUAAUCUUUCACUGAAGUAUAACAAUGCACAAUGUACUGUAUGCUCUUCUCCUGUUUCUCUUAAGUUUUGUAAAUGCUUAAAACGUAUUACUAUUUUUUUUAAACGUGUCAGACUAUAAUCUCUGUUAAAAGUCAUCAACAGGAUCUCACAAUCAUUCAGUGUUUUACAGCUUUUGCUGCAUUAUAGACUUCUGUGUUUUACAGAGCAGCUCAUUGUAGUUAUCUCUGAUUCAUCUGUGUGUAGUCAGCUCUUGUGUUGUUCUCUCUCUGAUCUUGUGUUAUUGUGAUUGUUUUUGUGCUUAUGUAUCCUACAUCCCUGU